AUGUCAGAAGAGGAACGAGAACUUCUGGCUCGUAUCAGUCAAGUCGCAGGCCAGAUCAACCGACAUAAGAACCAGCAAGCGGGCUCUCGAGGAUCUCCAAGCCUUCAUCCUGCUCAUCAUCGUCAAAACUCCUAUCGACAUGCGAGCUCACCGUACCCAGCUCGCCAUAACAGAAUCGGCCGCCACCCUACGGCGCAUCACAACCGGUCCCUUCACUUGAAUGGCGACAACUCAACUGCUUCUCGGUCUGCCAGUAGUGGCGCUGAAACACCCCCUGGAUGGGUUUCCAGAACCGAUCGCCACCGACAACUCAUUAACGCCAACGUUUACGAGAAGGAAACCCAGAAUCGAGCCAAGGCCAUGGAAGAAACACGCCAGAGAAGGAUCAGUGGACGCCGGCAACGCGAGAAGGCUCAAUUCAACGAGUUUCUGAAGCAUCAAGCUACCACUUCGAGUGCGCAGACUAACCCCGCAGACCGCAACGUGCUCACCGUCGAAGGUGUCCAAUUCCGCGUUAUGGACGGUGGCAAGAAGCUUGUCAAGAUUCCUGAUGCCCUCAACUCCUCCUCACGAACUCCAAAGUUUGCCACUGUUGCUGGGGUCAAGUUUUACCGAACCAAGACAGGAAACCUCGUUGCAAACAGAUUCGUCAACGACCAACGGCGAACCGGCACGGUCAAGAAGAUAAAUCAACUGUGUAAAAUCUUCUCAACGACUGGUAAUUUCUCUUCCCCAGGCUGGAGUGCUACACAUCUCCUUUACCUAGACCGGCCCAGUGGCCAUGGGGCGAAACUGACGAGUAUUUUGCACAUAGGAUCAUGCACCAAAGGCCCUCGGUGCCGCUACAUUCACGACCCGAACAAAGUGGCACUCUGUAAAGAUAUACUGAAAGAUGGGCAAUGUGUCAACGGCGAGUCUUGUGACCUCUCCCAUGACAUGACUCCUGAGCGCACUCCCAACUGUUUGCAUUUUGCCAAAGGCCACUGUGCCAAGGCUGACUGUCCCUAUACUCACUCUAAAGCAUCCCCAGCCGCCCCAGUUUGUCGCAAUUUUGGUUUCAACGGGUACUGCGAGAUAGGAGCAGAGUGUACUGACCGUCACGUUUUUGAGUGCCCUGACUUUAGCAAUACCGGCCGCUGUAAGGUCAAGGGAUGUAAGCUCCCACACCGUGAGAGGGCAAGCGUCCUUCGAAACAAAACCAAUGCCGCUGGCGAGCCUCUUGGAGACAUUUCAAGUGAUGACGAAGCUGCUGAUUCCGACGAUGUUGAUUCAGAUGAAGUUGCCGAGUUCAUUGAUGCAGACUCGGACCUCUCCGAUUUUGAAGAACACAAGGACUUCCUAUCGAUCUAG